AUUCACGUUGCUCUGCGGCCAUGUGCUAAUCAGCUGAUGCGCUACAGCCGCCUCUCCUCGGUAUUUAACUCCUGCUCUCUGCGGAUCACAUUUGAUCCCUGCUCCUCUCCUCCCCUGCACCACACACACACAGGGUCACACACACAGCAUGCCUCCGUUUGACAAGACCCAGGUGCAGAGCAAACCCUUCAAACUGAGGAAGAGCUUCGCUACAAGGAAACAAGAAGUGGCGGCGAUCAGGUCGAAAUUCCCCAACAAAAUCCCGGUGAUUAUUGAGAGGUACGAGAGGGAGAAGUAUCUGCCUCCUCUGGAUAAAACCAAGUUCCUGGUGCCGCAUGAACUCACCAUGACCCAGUUUGUCACCAUCAUCAGGAACCGGAUGGCUCUGCUGCCCACCCAGGCCUUCUACCUGCUCAUCAGUAACAGCGGCCUGGCCUCCAUGUCGCUCACCAUGGCUCAGGUGUACAAAGACCACCAGGACGAGGACGGCUUCCUCUACAUGACCUACGCCUCGCAGGAGAUGUUCGGACACUGACACACGCAUACCUCCGAGCUUUAGAUUUUAUCUAGUAUUAAAUGGCUGCUGCUGGCCUCCGUAUCUGCUGUAAAUAGAAAAAAAACAUGUUGUAUUUAUUGUAAUAUUUGCUACUGUUUUUGGAUUUUAAUUAAAGUAUGUGGAUCCAAUAAAUCUUAUGUAAAGAGUG